ACAAUAACACAUCGGUCGCGUCUCAGCAGCCGCGCGCCUCCAAGCGCAGUCAAAUGGCGCCUCUCCAGAGAGCCACGGCGACCAGUUUGAUCAGCUGAUGUUAAUUAGUGCAUAAACCGCUUGUCUGAUAUAUUACUCUCUUUAUGUGUUAUGAUUCUGCAAACUAUGAUUUCUUAAUUUAUCUGCGACAAAUGCGGACGUAUAGGAAGACAUUGCGCUUAGUUGUGCAUGGAGCUGAUGUUAUUCUUAUAACGGACUGACAACUGAUAGAUUCAUCCUAAGUGUCCCAGAUUCACGUACCAUGAGCAGCUCUCGCUACGAACCCAGCUGGGACGUGGACCUGGCACCACUUCUGUCCUGUAAACUGUGCCUGGGAGAGUUUCCCCUGGAACAGAUGACCACAAUCUCCCAGUGCCAGUGCAUAUUUUGCAGUCUGUGUUUGAAGCAAUAUGUUGAACUGCUCAUUAAAGAGGGCCUCGAACCAGCUAUUAGCUGUCCAGACUCUUCCUGCCCAAAACAGGGACAUUUGCUGGAAAAUGAGAUUGAGUGUAUGGUGGCUACAGAGGUCAUGCAACGUUAUAAGAGACUCCAGUUUGAGCGAGAGGUGCUUCUGGAUCCUUGUCGGACCUGGUGUCCUUCGUCCUCAUGCCAAGCGGUGUGCCAGUUGAAUGAAGCCGAGGUGCAGUUGCCGCAGCCGGUGCAAUGCCCUCAGUGCAGUCUGCGUUUCUGCUCUGCCUGCAGGGCAGACUGCCACUCGGGCCAGGCAUGUCAGGAGAGCCUGCCAAUUACCACCUUCCUACCUGGGGAAAAUGGUUCCAACAUCAAGAGCCAGGAGGACGAGGCUCCGAUCAAACGCUGUCCUAAAUGUAAAGUCUACAUUGAGAGAGAUGAAGGCUGUGCCCAGAUGAUGUGUAAGAACUGCAAGCAUGCCUUCUGCUGGUACUGCCUGGAGUCAUUGGAUGAUGACUUCUUACUGAUCCACUAUGAUAAAGGUCCGUGCCGGAAUAAACUGGGUCAUUCCAGAGCCUCCGUCAUCUGGCAUCGGACACAGGUUGUUGGGAUCUUUGCUGGCUUCGGUCUGCUCUUGCUAGUGGCCUCCCCUUUUCUUUUGCUGGCAACUCCCUUCGUGCUCUGCUGCAAAUGCAAGUGUAAGCGUGGCGACGAUGACCCUCUUCCUACCUAGAGCUCUGUUUCAGCUUCAGGAGGCGACUUUCAGCUCGUUUGACCGAGGAUCAGCUGUGAUCCAGUCUCGUCUGAUUCUCCUGAGCACACUUUGCAGGGGCAUUGGUGAAAGACUCAGCUCAUCUGUCCGUGAGACUCCGCAUCUCAGUUGCAUUAAAAUGGUGACUUGCAUUGAAAGGUGUUAUGAAAGAGCAGAGAAGCUGAGUGGAUGAGCCAUCAGAGUUAAACAAAUCUGUAGUGUUUGGAAACAAGCACUUCUGUUUCCUGUAUGACAUACAGCUAUCCUUUUGUUACACACGGUCUUGUACUCUAUCUUUUCUCAUCUUCACUGUUUCUUCACUUUAUGUGGUAUUAUAGUUAACUAAGCUAUUUUAUGAUGUUGUUUAUCCUGGGAUAUAACAAAAGACAAAUUCUGUUGACUACAGACUUGACAGAAAUACAUUUCUUAGCAGUGCUUUCAUACUUUUCUUGUAGCAUAAUCACAUAACCUCAGUUUUUCUAGUCAAUUUGCAAAUGCAUGCUGGAGGCAGAGGAUGUUUCACUUCUGUACUUCCUGCAGAGGCUCUAAUGAGCCUCAGCCUGCCACUUGCUUCUAUAUGCUUCCUAUACACUCGUUCUUGGGACAGUAAAACCCCGUUCUUCCAUUUGAAUCUACUCAGAUACUAUACACACACUCCAGACGUAGCAGAUGUACCACCUGAUGCCUUCUCAAAGCUUGUAGGCUUGGGUGUUGCUGAAAGAUUUCUUAUCAUCAUGGUAUGGGAGAGCUGGUCAGAUAUCAAUCACUGUUUAUAACCGAGCUAUCACAAACGAAUCAUUAAUGCAACUCAUAUUUUAUACAUGUCGUGAAUGAUGUCAUCUACGUACAUUUUGUUGAUAUAACACAUAUGUUGGCUUUUGUAUUUCCAACCCAGAAGGGUCUUAUCCACAACCUGUUGAAGAUCCAAAUACAAACCUGCAUUACCAUGUGCCUGCCAAUUUAGGUCAAAGUAAUCAGGCCAGUGAGGCUUAACUUCUUACUUUUCAGGUCACUCUAGAAGUUAUUUAAUUAAUUUAUUUUUUUGGAGUAAUACUUUUGGGAACAAUUUGCCAAAUGUGAUGUGUAAGCCCAUGUGUUCACUGUCUAGCACAUUAAUAAUUGUUUGAUGACUAGGGUACACCUAGUUUUUGUUCUUGUUCCUUCAGUUAAAUAUGCCUUUAAUUUUUUUCUAUGUUUUGUAAACUUUUUUUGUUGAAACACUUUUUGUAGCCAAAUGUAUAUAAUGUGUAUUCACAAGUUUUUCAUGUUUAAAUAUAUUAUUAUUCUGCAGUGCA